UAUGAGUUGUGUUCUGUUUUAGUGUUUUUUAUAUUACUGUAUCUUUUUAGAUUUAUGCAAGGUGUCUUAUGAGGAUAUUAAGGAUGUUGUGAAAGGAAAUGAACUAAAUGGAAUUUUUAAUGGACAAGUAUAUAUAGAAAACGUUUUUUUGGCAGUUCUAUAACACUUAUAUAUAAAAUCUUUUUAUCAAUGUGUAUACUUUAAAAGUUUCAAAAAAUUUGUAAGGGAAGGGUCAGUUCAAAAACAGUCCAAAAAUUCUAACAUUUUCACAGAUGCUUGAAAUGUAGCUAUAUAAAUCAGAAAUUGAUUUCUACUGUUUUGUAAUUCUAAAUUAACAAUUUUCUAACCAAGAUCUUAUUAUAUUUGCGAAAUGUACAGAUCAAUUUUCAAAAAUAGUGUUGACAUUCAGCUUUUUCAAAUCUUGACCACAAUUGCAAAAUUAACUGACCUUCGGAUGAGGUAAUGUUUAAUUGUAUGUCUGUGUAAAUUUUAGAUAUACUCAGAACUACACGAACAGUAUAAGAAAGGUGGCAACAACAGAAGUAAAUAUAAUUUUGACUUUAGACUUAAGUUUGGACUACAGUCAAACUGUGUAUAAAAGACACUAAAUAUUUUUCAAACUAAUUAAAGAGUAUGCAGGUUAUUAUGCAAGUGUCUUAUUUUCAUUGAAAUUUCAGAAUAUUUAAAAGUGUUGAUUGACUUUUAAUGGCCAAGCCAAGUAUUAAAUGCAUAAUGGACAAAUAACUUUGACAGUACUGUAGCAGUAUUCAAUAUCAUUUGCGCCUAAAUCCAACAUGUUUUCAAUGCUAGAGAGUUUGGGAGUUGCAAUUUUUGAAGAUUUAGUAAGUCAAAAAAGAAUAGGAAGCAUUAUCAAGAUCACGAGUUCAACUUAUACAACGCAUAUUGACUAUGUAACAAAGGUUUUAAUAAAGGAAGCAGUUAUAUUAAUGUAUGCCAAAGUCAAAAAGAUAACUCGCUCAGAAGCAUUCCAGAUAUUACUUGCAUAUUUGAAAAAAUUAGAGAAAAGGGAUUUAGAGGAAAUUGACGAUAGUGCAACUACAUUUAAAGAAAUGGUUUUAAAUAGUUGCAAAAAGCGUCAAAGAUUCUUUGACAAACUGGAAUCGCGAGAUGAAAAGGAAAAUCUAGAUAGAUCACAGGAAAGUAUAGAGGUGACAGCAGAAGAAUUAAACGGGAGUAAAUACAACAAAGGGGAUAGUUCUAGAAGCCAAACGCAAAAUGAAGACUCUGGAGCCAACGAGGAAAAAGAAAUUGACGGUGUCAAUGUUAAGAAAGGAAAACGUCCCAUUAUAGUCCCUUUAAAGAAGGCUUUUAAAAGACAAUAUGCAAAAUGUAACAUUUUGGGUGUAGUGGUAGAUAAGAUAACUACAAAAGAAUUUCAUUCAGAAACAGAAUCUUUUCAAGAAGAGUGCCAGGGCUUGGGGAUGAUAAAGCUUCGUGACCAAACUAGUGAUGAAGUAGUUAAAAUCGAUGUCAUGGGCCAAAGAAUCUUGGCCGAAAUUUUUAUUGGUGACAUUAUAUUGAUCAAAAAUCUAUUUUUCAUCAAAGUAGAAGACGGUUAUGGUUGUUUAAAAGAUAAAUCUCUUAUAAUGAAAUUUUCCAAACUAGAGGAACCCUUUCCACAGGAAUGGUCACGUUUUGUACAAUUGAGGAAUUUAAGCAAGUUAUGUUCACUUGAGAUAGAAAAGGAUCCUGUUUGGGAGAAAGAGUAUACUCCUUCGGAGAAAAACUGUUGCAGUAUUUUAGACAUGGGUAUGUAUGUAUGUAGGGUAUGUAAUGUAUGCCUCUAGUAUUUUUCUAUACGUUUUGGUCCCUAUUAUAAAAUAGUUUUGCCCAAAGCUUAAGUAUGUAAAAACAUUUUAGAUAUUACUGAGCCUGGAUUUUUCAAACAAUGGGUAGGUUCUAAUUUUCCAUUUAUUAUCUUUAAGGUAGCCUUAUUUCUCUAUUCAGUACUUCCUCCAUUAAAACUGUAAGGAGGGGCUGAUUUAGACUUGGUAACUUAAUACUUAUAAACUCCGGACUAUAAUUUUCAUGCUUCGCAAUUAUAGCCGCCUAAACAGGAACAUGAAGUUGCGGCGAAAGACACGAUGGUUGCAAAAGAAAAUUCUAUUGACAUUGAAGUAUGCAUAUUUUCUUUUAUUUUUAUUUUAUUUUUUUAUCAUCGCUCUUGUUCUUGAUAUUCUUAAUUUGUGACUUUUUCAGCUGCCUUUUAAACUGUUAAGAAAAUUUGAUCCAAAGUUACUUUUUUAUAUUGAUUCUUUUUAUAUGUAUCAAUACAAAUUUACUUACAGCAAUCUGACUUGAGUGACAAUGUUGUACAAUCUGAAAAUGAUGACGAUGCAAGUAAGGUUGACGGCCAAACAUUGAAUAAGGUAAAAGUUAAAAAAAGUGUUUUGUCCAUAGGUAAAUGUUAAACAAAAUUUACUGUCCAUGUUGUACAACGACGCCAAAAUUGCUUUUUUUAUCUAGAAGAA